AUGCACUCCGAAAAAUCCUGCAGCAACGCCCUGGGACUGACUCUGACCGUCCUCUCUGCUGGAGAAAUGGCGGCGCACUUAUCUUACGGACGAGUCAAUUUAAACAUUUUAAGAGAGGCGGCACGAAAGGAGCUUCGCGAGUUUUUGGACAAAUGUGCAGGAAGCAAGGCUAUAGUAUGGGACGAGUAUCUCACAGGACCAUUUGGACUGAUAGCGCAGUAUUCACUACUCAAGGAGCAUGAAGUGGAAAAGAUGUUCACCCUAAAGCGUGGCCGCUUGCCCUCAGCGGAUGUCAAAAACAUCAUAUUUUUUGUUAGACCCAGAAUAGAGCUCAUGGAGAUUAUUGCUGACAACAUAUUCAAUGAGGAUAAACUGCACUCCCCACGGGACUUCCACAUCCUGUUUGUGCCACGGCGCAGCAUGUUGUGUGAACAGAGAUUGAAGGAGUUGGGAGUAUUAGGCUCCUUCAUUAACAUUGAUGAGUACAUUCUGGACCUUAUACCUUAUGAUGGGGAUCUCCUUUCUAUGGAGUAUGAAAGUGCCUUCAGGGAGUGCUACUUGGAAAAUGAUCAGACAAGUCUUUAUCACACAGCCAAAGGCCUUAUGACACUACAGGCCUUAUAUGGAAGUAUACCUCAAAUUUAUGGAAAAGGAGAAUGUGCACGAAAUGUGGCCAACAUGAUGCUGCGAAUGAAGAGAGAGUUUGCUGGAAGUCAGAAUCAAAUCUUGCCCGUGUUUGAUACACUUCUUCUCUUGGACCGUAAUGUUGACCUGCUUACACCGCUAGCUACCCAACUGACUUAUGAGGGUUUAAUUGACGAAGUUUACGGGAUUAAUAAUGGCUAUGUGAAACUUCCUCCAGAAAAGUUUUCACAGAAAAAGCAAGGUGAAGCCAGUAAAGAUUUGCCAACAGAGCACAAGAAACUACAACUAAAUUCAGCUGAGGAAUUGUAUGCAGAAAUCAGAGACAAGAAUUUUAAUGCUGUUGGGUCAGCACUAAGUAAGAAGGCCAAAAUCAUCUCUGCUGCUUUUGAGGAACGACACAAUGCUAAAACUGUGGGAGAAAUAAAGCAGUUUGUAUCACAGUUGCCACAUAUGCAGGCCGCUCGGAUCUCUCUGGCAAAUCAUACAUCAAUAGCAGAACUGAUUAAAGAUAUAACAACGUCUGAGGCCUUUUUUGACAAAUUGACAGUGGAGCAGGAGUUCAUGACUGGAGUUGACACUGACAAGCUUAACAUGUAUAUAGAAGACCGGAUUGCUCAAAAGGACCCCUUGAUCAAGAUACUGCGACUGAUGUGCAUGCAGUCAGUAUGCAACAAUGGCUUGAAGCAAAAAGUGUUGGAUUUCUAUAAAAGAGAAAUUCUGCAGACCUAUGGUUAUGAACACAUACUAACAUUGAACAAUCUGGAGAAGGCUGGACUGUUAAAGCCACAAACCAGCUCUCGGAACAACUACCCCACCAUCAGAAAAACUCUAAAACUGUGGUUGGAGGAUGCUAAUGAACAGAACCCCAACGACAUCUCGUAUGUAUAUAGUGGUUAUGCCCCCUUAAGCAUCCGACUGACACAGGUCCUGACGAGGCCUGGAUGGCGGAGUAUUGAAGAAGUGCUUAAGAUGCUUCCUGGUCCACAUUUUGAGGAGAGGCAACAGCUGCCGGCCGGGCUUCACAAGAAACGACAGCAAGGGGAAAACCGUACAACUCUGGUCUUCUUCCUCGGUGGAGUAACCCACAGGAGGAGGAGCCAACAAAGAGUAGUUAAGAGCAGGGUAGAGCUCAAUGCUUCAGAGCGGACCGCAGUCUACACUUUGAAGAUUCUUCUCUCAACUGGAACAAGGAUGGGCCGAGGACAGACUCUGCGCAUGCGCACUUUACCGCUUGUCUGCGUGUUGAACGCACUAGUCAACAUGUCCACUGCUCAGCACAACAAUAACGAAGAGCCUGGGCUUCACGGAUCCUGGGUAGAGUUAGAGAUGAAUGGAAACACUGCAACACGGAGUCUUCAGAAUAACCUUCUAAUGCCACCUGCUACAGACCAAAUAAAUGCAAAUAAUGGAUUGAGAGAGAUGCCCGAAAGCAAUGAGUCCCUUAUUGGAGGGUUAGAGCAUGUGCCAUCAUCAUCUUCAAUACACAAUGAAGAUAUGGAAAAGAUACUUCUGGAUGCACAACAUGAAUCAAGUCCAAGCAACUCCUCCUGUCAAAGUCCUCACCGGCCACCAAGUCCAGAACAAGAUGAAGACGGCCAGAUUAUGUUUGAUGCUGAGAUGUCAAAUCCAGCAGAUUAUCAGGAAGAAGAAGACGUUGAAGAGAAAGAUGAAAAUGAAGACAUUCAGUCGAAAAUAGAAGCAGACUGGGUCGCUGAUUGGUCCAGCAGACCUGAAAAUAUACCCCCAAAAGAGUUUCACUUUAGACACCCCAGACGUUCAGUAUCUCUCAGUAUGAGAAAAACUGGUGUCAUGAAGAAAGGCGGUGUCUUCUCUGCAGAGUUCCUCAAAGUCGUCAUUCCUUCUUUGCUCAUCUCACACAUUCUGGCUCUUGGCAUUGGGGUUUACAUUGGGAAAAGAAUUGCCCUUGCCCCGACCAGCAUAUACUGA